UGGUCUAGAAGAGAGACUUUCCUCCUGUGGUCAUUAGGCGCUUUCCAAAUUCUGAGUGGUUUGUGAGAUAUUAAAUACAGUGAAAAAUGGUGUCAUUAUCUGUGAAUGCACUGAGACAGGUGAUGAGGGCCAUGCUGGACUCUCCUGGAUUUGAUCGUGUUUUAAGUAAGGUGGAGUUGGUUUCAGCCAGUCCGGGUAAAGUAGUGUGUGAGAUGAAAGUGGAAGAGGAGCACACAAACCGAGGAGGGACGCUACACGGCGGACUGACCGCUACUCUGGUCGAUGUCAUUUCUACCACUGCACUCCUGUACACAGAGAGAGGAGCACCUGGAGUCAGCGUCGACAUGAACAUCACGUAUAUGAAUGCUGCCAAGGUUGGAGAAGACAUCUUGAUAACAGCGCAGGUUUUAAAGCAAGGACGAAGUUUGGCGUUUGCUACUGUUGAUUUAACAAACAAAGCAAACGGGAAACUGAUCGCUCAGGGAAGACACACAAAGCACCUCGGCAGCUGAUGCUGAACAUGUCUGAGAAACGUGAAACCUGUAAACGUCUGUAUAUACGCACGUAAGCAUGUAAUAAAACACCACAAGAGAUUUUCAAAGCUUGCACUGUAUUGGGAAUUCUUCAGCAGUGUGGCAUUAAAUCAAUACAAACAAAAUGAAUAAAUCAUGAACACAGUGGUCUCUCUUAUGAUUCAAAGAGAAUUGCAACAGGCAGGAAAAGGUAGAUUUUAUGCUUUACCCAACAAAGCUAGCUUAUGAUCAUUAGUACUCAAAAAGGGGGAGGGCUGAAAAUAAGGGGGGAAAAAGCAAACAAAAUGUAAUGGUGCACUGAAUUUUAUCCACAGUAAAUCUUUUGUUAGGUACAUGGAUUUAAGCAUUAGUUGCUCACUGAAUAUCCACCAACAAAAACAAAAUCAGG